GUAAUCUCGACAUAAAUGCACAGAAAAGAAGAAGAAGAAGAAGAAGAAGAAACAGCAGUUAAACAAAGAGAUUGGCUUCUUCAUGACAUCAUUCCACACAUGCUAGAAAAGCUCAAAGCUCAACUAGAGAAAAGUCACACUCUUUUAACAAGUCAAACUAAAACAGAUUCUUUACCUUUAACACAGAAUGAUACACUUAAAGGAUUUAUAACAUUUGCAGGAUUUUAUAUAACUAAAGCUGAACUACAAAUAAAGUUGACUAAUUAUCAUCCAGAUUCACCUAUUAAAGCAACCAUCACAAAUGAAGCUCCUUAUUUUUUGGAACAAACACAACAAGCAACAAAUUAUAUUCUUUUAGCUCUUGAUCGAAUUAAAACGUUUACAGUAUCUUCCUAUAAACAAGAGACUAUUGAAUUUUUAGAAGACAUGUAUCAAAGUAUAGAGUAUGCAUUGCACGCAUUCAAUUAUCCAAAUGAAGCAUCCUUAUUUCCUUAUAAAGUUUGUCAUCCAAAAUUUUUUAAUCCUCCUCUAAAACAAGACCUUAUUAUCGAAUUUUGUAUACAGGAUAUCUUUAUUGCUUGCAAUAUAUAUGCUCUUGAUUACAAUUUUUUGAAACAUGGAACAAAAGUAAUGCCUGAUAAUCAGCGCUCAUUUGUGUAAGUUAAAUAAUACACAAAGGAACAUUUAUAUAUCUAUCCUUUUUUUUUCUAUAGAACUUAUAAAGAUAAGCCAGUUAUGAUCCUGGGCGAGAUAAAAAGUCAAACUCAAUCACCCACUUUAACCGAGUUAAAAAGUUCUUUGAAACUAAUACUUGAAUGGUGUCAAACUUAUAAACAAAUGUUGCUUCAAAUUGAAGCUUAAUAAAUAACUUUUUUUUUUGUUUGUUUGUUUUCUAAUAUGAAUGACAAAUUCGAAAACUACUACUUAUUUAUAUAGCUAUUAACAUCUAUGUAGAUGAAUGACCAUAAAGCAAAUUAAAUCUGGACUAGUAUCAACUUAAUAAGCCCUAUA